AGACCCAUUCAAAUUAUUCUUAUCUUCCACUUUCUCUCUCGUCCACACACAUAGAGAGAGAAUCCAAAUGGCUCUCACCGUGAGCAGCGGCGUCGGAGGAGCCGGGAUCCGCUGCAUCAACCUCUCCGACCGCUCCCGUACACCAUCCACCGCGUUUAGACACGUCAAUGUCCCUGGACCGACCAGAGCCCGCCACGUGGCCACCGCCGCCAAGAAGACCUCCCAGACUGGCCGGUUCGACAGCAAGAAGCGUCGGAGCCUCGUCAACACCCCCACCAAGGAGCAGCCCGAGGAGGAGCCACGUGGAGACGACGAAAACCCUCCGCCGUUCGAUUUCGAGGGCGACGGCGGUGGGGGAGAUCGGACGGUGGAGAGCAUCUCCGGCAAGGCACCGCCGAUUCGGCUGUCGGAGCUUCCUGGGGUAGAACCCGAUUUCUGGGAAGGUCCGCAAUGGGAUGCUCUAGGGUUCUUCUUUCAGUACUUGUGGGCUUUCGGAAUCGUUUUCGCGUUAAUCUCCGGCGGAAUCGCGGUGGCGACGUAUAACGAAGGAGCGACGGAUUUCAAAAAGACACCGGUUUACAAAGAGGCGAUUCAGUCUCGGGACCUUAUUGAUGAAGCAGAAGGUUCGAGUUCUGAAGAAGUAUUUGAAUCCAAUCCGACAGAAGUGGCUCCUAGUUUGGAGUAGUCAUGGAAAACCCAGUUCAGUUCGAACCAGUUCCACUAUAUCUGCUGGUGUUAUUGCCAAAAGGGGCAUGAAGAGAACUGAGUUCGUUACAUAUGAUGUUACAGAACCAAAACGAAGCUCUGACAAAAACCGAGUAUAAGAGAUUAUUGCUUCAUUGUUUGGUUUAUAGUUCUAGUUUUGCUGCACUGGUUUAUGUAUCUGGUAUCAAAGAAACGAAUCAAAAUCGAAACUUGGAUCAUUGAAGAAGUUUUGCUUAAUGUGUUUGA